AUGGAGACGUUAGAUAAUAAAUGGAAUAAUAAGAUGAAAAAUUUUCACUUGAAAAUAAAUAAAUUACGUAACGAUAUAGACGAUUUUAAGAGGAAUUCCAUUAAUGCAUGCAUUCAAAGGAAUAAAAAAGCCUUCUUAUCAAAAGUGAAUAACAAUACAAACAAAAGAGAAAUUAUAAGUAUGAAUAAUUAUGAAAUGAAACACAAUUUAAGGAGGGUAAGUAAUAACUGUACUUAUAUAUUAAGGGAAGAUAAAAACAGUAGGAUAGAUAAUGUGCCGUUACCUUUGUCGAAGAAUACAUGUAAUAAGGUUAUUAAAACGAAUGACAUCAAGGUGUUGGAUAAUAAAAAUAUUCUGAAAUUCAGUUUAAGAAAUAAAAGGAAAAAUGAAAAGAUGAUUAAAAUGAAUGAGAAAAAGUGGUUAAAUGCAACAAAGCAUGUGAAAAUCGAGAAAGAAAAUAAUACAGAAAUGGAUAAAAUUUUCGAAAACAAAAAGAGUGCAAAGAAUAGAAUGCUGUACUUAGAGGGAGAAGAUGGAAGCCUACAUGUAUAUCCCAUCUACUCAGACGUAGAAGUUGGAUUCGAAAAUAUAUCUGAACUGGAGGAUGAAACAUUGUCAAAAGUUAAAAAGGAAAAUCAGGACGAUGAUGAUAUAAAAACGUCAAGGCAUUUAGCCGAAUGGAGCUCAGAUUUGGUUCAUAAAUAUCUUGAAGAGGCUAUUGAAAAAACGAGAAUAAUUUUUCAAAAUGCAGAUUUGAAAUGUCGAGAGGAGGAAAUAUUCAAAAGGAUGGAGUCUUAG